AUGCAUAUAGGGGAGUGCACCACCACUUUACAGGACGUGGCCGUCAUACUUGAGCUUCGGAUCGAUGGGCCGGUAGUUACGGGCACCGAUGAUCAUAGUUGGCUGGAGGUAUGUGCUAGGCUUCUUGGACAGGUUCCUGACUUGAGGAGUGGUGUGAUGAAGCUAUCGUGGCUUCGUCAGACAUUUCAGGGCGACAUACAAGAGGAUGCCAGUAUGGAGACGCUUCAGUUCCAUGCUCGUGCGUACCUAUUGCACAUGAUAGGGUGCGUGCUUUUUCCUGAUGCGAGCAAGACUCUUGUACAUGCACGAUGGCUGCCGUUGCUGGAGGAUUUUGACGUAUGCGGCGCACGGUCAUGGGGUAGUACGGUGUUGGCAUACUUGUAUCGAGAACUGGGUAGAGUAUCCCUGAUGCAGAAUAAAGAAUUUAAGGGAUGCUGCACAUUGAUACAGAUUUGGUCAUGGGAGCGUAUUCACAUUGGACACCCUACUUUACUUGUGCAUCGUGACCUACAGGGGUAG